GUGAUUGUCAAAGACGUGACAAACACUACAAGUGCUGCCAUUUCGACGCAAACUACUAGUUCAACGACAGCGGCCGCACCAGUGGUCUGGGGCUCCAGUAGUCAGAAAUCGUGGGCCGACCUCUUCAAAGACGGCUCAGCUAUUCACUCAUCGACUCUCUCAUCGCAAACAUCCGGUGGUGCGACCACUGGCCCUAUAAUAGUCAGCCAUAACUACAAUAAUGUGAAUCUAUCUGAAAGUGACAGUCAUCUGAAUUCUAGUGGUGUUAUCAGUGAAAGUGAGGCUCAAAUCCAAUGCAUUCCUAUGCGCAACGACUCGUUCGCCAGAAAAUUAUCCAAAAAAGUCAAAGAACUCCAUUUAAAGCACUUUUUACCAUAUCUUAUACCAUCGGGUUUUAUCAAUCGCGGCAAUUGGUGUUACAUUAACGCCACCCUUCAAGCACUGGUCGGUUGCCCUCCUUUUUAUAACCUAAUGCGAGAAAUCGGAGACAUUUCUGGUCUAUUCAGAGAGCGAUCGUCGACACCAAUAAUCGACAGCUUCGCCAAAUUCUUCAACUACUUGACGCCAUGCGAUCACUUGACACGGAAGCAGAAGAGUGGCGCCAAUUUGGCCACUGAGGACAUGCCCAGAGGCGAGCCAAUAGAGCCCCGUUGUAUAUACGAUGUGCUCGGAUCCAUUAAAUCGGAGUGUCUUAAGGGGCGUCAGGAGGACGCAGAGGAGUUCCUCUCAUCCGUACUCAACGGUUUGCACGAAGAAAUGAUUGCACUCUUGAGGCUUAUGGCCGAUGAUAAUGAGAACAAAGCUGUGAACGGACAGCACUCGACCCCAAACACAUUGAACGGACACAUCGGCAAAGAGCCGAAUGGCGUCCACUUUGCAGACAUCGACCCAAACGAUAGCAACAAUGAAGACGACGACUCAAACCUAUGGAAAGAAGUGAGUUCUCGUCACAAACCAAUGCCCACUCGUUCUGCGAAAGUAAUCUCUACCCCUAUAUUUGAUAUCUUCGGCGGUUCGACGCUCUCUAUUAGAACCGCUGGUAAAGACGUUUGCGGUAAUAGACAGCCAUUCUUUGCCCUCCAGUUAGACAUUCAGUCCGAUAGAGUGAAGUCAGUGGAAGACGCACUGAAAUGUCUGACAACCUCUGAAUCAAUUCAGGGAUAUAUGUGUCCGAAAACCAAACAAGCAAUGGAUGCGAGCGCUCAAACAUUUCUGGAUACAUUACCUCCUAUUCUAAUACUUCAUUUAAAGUUAUUUGUUUACGAUAUGGACGGCGGGUGUCGUAAACUAAUGAAACGCAUUGAAUAUCCGGUGGAUUUAGAGCUGCCCCGAGAGUGUCUCCACUACGACAAGUGGGAGCGAGAGAAGAACCUUCAACUCAAGAGAUACAAGUUGUUGAGUGUUGUAUACCACGACGGGUCUGAAGCCAUAAAAGGUCAUUACGUGACAGACGUCUAUCACAUAGGAAGCAAUCAGUGGCUGCGAUGUGAUGACCAAUCAGUGAAAGUGAUCCCAACCCUCAAACAAACACACACUUCAAGUUCUACCCCUAUAUUUGAUAUCUUCGGCGGUUCGACGCUCUCUAUUAGAACCGCUGGUAAAGACGUUUGCGGUAAUAGACAGCCAUUCUUUGCCCUCCAGUUAGACAUUCAGUCCGAUAGAGUGAAGUCAGUGGAGGACGCACUGAAAUGUCUGACAACCUCUGAAUCAAUUCAGGGAUAUAUGUGUCCGAAAACGAAACAAGCAAUGGAUGCGAGCGCUCAAACAUUUCUGGAUACAUUACCUCCUAUUCUAAUACUUCAUUUAAAGUUAUUUGUUUACGAUAUGGACGGCGGGUGUCGUAAACUAAUGAAGCGCAUUGAAUAUCCGGUGGAUUUAGAGCUGCCCCGAGAGUGUCUCCACUACGACAAGUGGGAGCGAGAGAAGAACCUUCAACUCAAGAGAUACAAGUUGUUGAGUGUUGUAUACCACGACGGGUCUGAAGCCAUAAAAGGUCAUUACGUGACAGACGUCUAUCACAUAGGAAGCAAUCAGUGGCUCCGAUGUGAUGACCAAUCAGUGAAAGUGAUCCCAACCCUCAAAGUGCUCAACACCGACACUUCACGAACUCCUUAUUUGUUAUUUUAUAGACGACACGACACUCUUUACAGCAAACACACACUUCAAGCGAACCAUUCAAAGACAUUCUCUCAUUAAUUGCAAGUUUGGAGUAUUUGUUUUUAAAGACUACAAUAUAUUUUUUGGAAAUAUUCUUAAGUGUUUGGCAAACAAACAGUUUUGACUGGUCUUCCCUUCAAUUGAAUUUAUUAAUUAGUAUAAGAUAUGAGACAAAAGACAAUUGUGUUUCUGCUGUGCUUUCUAUGGACUAAAUGCUGUGAUAAGUGCUUAAUGGGAUGUUAUGACA